AUGUCGAGCGAUAGAAAGCCCCGCGUGGUUGUCGUUGGCGCUACUGGUGCCACGGGCACGAGCAUCGUCAAUGGGCUUCUCGAAUCCGGCAGUUUCCGCGUCGCAACCAUUGUGCGCACCCCCACUAAGCCCGCCGCCGUCGAGUUCAAGAAUCGCGGUGUCGAAAUUCUCGUCUGCUCCGACCUGACCACCGCCACGCACGCCGAGCUCGUCAAGUUGCUCGAUGGCGCGGACAUCUUGGUGUCGACCGUGCAUGCGAUGAUGCUGGAUGCACAGCGUCCGCUGUUCGCGGCGGCGAAGGAGGCGGGCGUCAAGCGCGUCGUGCCGGAUGAUUUCAGCAGCCAUGCCCCGCCUGGCGCCAUGCUCUUGAAUGACAAGGCAAAUUUCCACCGACGAAUAACCUUGCAGAAACUUGCCAUUCGCGACUACAUCCGCUCGCUCGGCCUCGGCCAUACCUUCAUCGAAGUCGGCUUUUGGUGCGAGUCCCUACUUCCCUAUCCACCGAGUUACAAGGGCAACCCCAUCGCCGAGAUGAGCUACCUCUACCGCGGUCCCGGCGACAUCCCAACGGCCGUAACUGCCCUUGCCUCCGUCGGCACCUUCGUCGCACGCAUCCUGGGCGACCCGCGCACGCUCAACCAAACUGUCUUCGUCUACGAUGACCACGUCACCACCGCCGACCUCUUCCGCAUCGCCGAGGCCUGCGGGAGCUCUGGGCCCGCGAGUGGGGAUCUCACCAGUCGAGCGGGGGUCUCCGGGCAGGAUCCCCACAAGGCCAAGUGCGGCGACGCGGAGGGCCUGCGCAAGGUCAUCGUCCGCCUCUCCGCCGAGGACCUGCAGAAGCAGAUCGCGGAGACGACGGCGGGCGGGGCGAAGGCGGAGCCGCUGCGCUGGUUUGCGGAGUAUGGGUACAGUCUGUUCGUGCGAGGGGACAAUACGGUGGAGCAGGCAAAGAAGGACGGCGCGCUGGAUGCGAAGGAGCUGUAUCCGGAUUUGUAUCCGCGGAAGAGCGUCGCCGAGUUCGCGGCGACGUCGUGGUACCCGAAGCCGCAGCACCCGUGGCCGGAGGAGACGGUUGCGCUCUGGGCGAAUGCGCACAAGGGCGCUGAGGAGAAGUGAUAGAAAUUGCGCGAGCUGUAGCCACUGAGACUAGUAAUAAAGAGAGCAUAUGAAAUU